UUUGCUACACCCAUCAAUGAGUAAGCACGCACAAUGAUCUGCCGAGCGUCACUUUUUCAUGUGCUUAAAACCGGCAUUUUGGAGAAGUGAUAGAUUUGGAGUUUUACUGAAUUUUCAUCAUGUGUUCUUGUCGGACAGACUGCGUUGAGAAACCUCUCUGUAAAGGGUUUGAGAAACUUGGAUAUAUCGUUGGCAGAAAUCCCUGGUGGUUCUUCACAAUUCCUCUGCUUCUUUCCGCAGGACUGGGAGCGGGGUUUUAUUUUUUGCCAGCACUUGAACGCAAUGAUUUGGAAGAGCAAUUCACACCCAUCGGUGGACCAGCAAAGUCCGAGAGAGAGUUUAUACGGGAACAUUUUCCAACCAAUGAUUCUGAAUUCUCAGCACAGAGACUUUACACGGAGGGGACAUAUGUUUCCUUUAUUGCUGUAUCAAAAGGUAACAACAUCCUUAGUGAUGCACUUAAUGUGAUUCUAGCACUCGAUGAAAAAGUAAAGCAGCUUCGUAUUGCUGAUAAUAACAAUGUGACAUGGAACUAUUCUUCUCUCUGUGCACGGGAAUCGGGCUCUUGCUUCUCAAAUACAAAUUUAGAUUUUAUAAAACUCAUUCUUACUUCGUUGGGUAGCAAAGAGUUUACUUAUCCGAUAAUGAACAGUGUCUUUAUUGGUUCAACUGUCGGAGGUGUAGAAUUGAAAUCAAACGGAAAUAUCAUCGCAGCAGCAAAGGCGAUUAAACUGAACUAUUAUUUACAAGAAGAUAAUGAAGAAAUGAAAGCGAAAAAUUUGCUGUGGAUCAAAAUUUUCCUUUCCGUCUUUCCUAAGGAACUGAUGAACCAGAAGGACAUUGAGGUGUCUUAUUUCACAUCGGUAUCAAGACAAGAAGAAUUUGAAGGAAAUGCUAAAAGAAUUAUCCCGUUGUUCUCGAUCACCUAUUUUCUUUCAAUCUUUUUUUCCAUCAUGUCUUGCACGAGGUUUGACUGUGUGAGGAAUAAAUUCUGGGUUGCUGCUCUGGGAGUGAUAUCAGCUGGAUUUGCUGUACUAUCGGGAUUUGGACUGCUGCUGUUUUGUGGGGUGAAAUUUGCCAUCAAUACAGCCAAUGCACCUUUUCUUAUUCUAGGUAUCGGCGUGGACGAUAUGUUUGUUAUGCUCGCCAGCUGGCAAAAGACAAACGUUAAAGAUAAAGUUGAAGAUCGCUUGGCAAAGACAUACAAGGGAGCAGCUGUUUCCAUCACAAUCACCACUCUGACUGAUGUUCUGGCCUUUUAUAUUGGCAUUGCGACACCUUUUCGAUCCGUGCAAUCAUUUUGUAUUUACACUGGUACAACUGUUCUGUUCUGCUUCAUUUACAACAUUACAUUUUUUGGAGCUGUUCUUGCCCUGAAUGGGAGAAGAGAAGCCAGUAACAGGCAUUGGCUGACAUUCAGAAAGGUUGAAAUGGUUCCUAAACAAGGAGAAUCUACACUCAGUGCAAUGUGUUGUGUAGGUGGUGCUUAUGAUCAGGAAUCAGGUACAGAAUCAGAACAUCCAGUCUACUUCUUCUUUAAAGAAUAUUAUGGUCCUUUCCUUACAAAAGGAUGGACCAAGGCAGCUGUGAUUCUUCUGUAUUUAGGAUAUUUAGCUGGCAGUAUUUAUGGCUGUUUACAUGUCAAAGAAGGAAUAGAUCUCAAAAAUCUGGCCUUUGAUGAUUCGUAUGCGAUUCCAUUCUAUGACGAUGCAAAUGAAUAUUUCUCAGAGUUUGGACCACGAGUCAUGGUCACUGUUACUGAAUCUGUAGAUUAUUGGAAUUCCAGUGUGCGAGAUGAAAUUGAAACCUGCAUGGGUAGGUUUGAAAACCUCUCGUACGUAGAUAGUGAACUGUCAGAGUCCUGGCUUCGUGCUUACAUUAGGGUUUAUGGAACUAACACCAGCGCCAUAAACACGGAAAAAAUGUUCAUGACAAACUUAUAUAAAUUCCUUCCGUUUCUCCCGUCAUUCAAACAAGAUGUUGACAUUUCAGAAAAUAACCAAAGCAUUAAGGCUUCCCGUUUUUUCAUUCAGACCAUUAAUAUCAAUAAUUCGGUUGCAGAAAAAAACACACUGAUUGAAUUAAGGGAACUAGCGAAGGAAUGUAGAAUUCCGUUGCUAGUAUAUCACUCUGCAUUCAUCUAUUAUGAUCAAUAUCUUGUUAUAGUAGCCAACACAAUACGGAAUAUAAUUGUGGCUGCUGCUGCCAUGCUCCUUGUUGCCUUAUUGUUAAUACCUAAUCCAGUUUGUUCUCUGUGGGUCACAUUUGCUACUGCCUCAGUAUUAGUGGGUGUGGCUGGAUUUAUGUCUUUCUGGGAUGUCAAUUUAGACUCAAUAUCAAUGAUUAAUCUGGUCAUUUGUAUUGGCUUUUCAGUGGAUUUUUCCGCUCACAUUUCAUAUGCAUAUGUUUCAAGUGCCAAAGGAAAUUACAAUGAUAGAGCUGUAGAUGCAUUGUAUGCUCUUGGCUAUCCCAUUAUUCAGGGAGCUCUUUCAACCAUACUGGGUAUUAUCGUGUUGGCUGCUGCCGAAAGUUACAUAUUUAGGACGUUUUUUAAAAUCAUGUUUCUUGUCAUAUCUUUUGGCGCAGUUCAUGGUCUUGUAUUUCUGCCCGUUUUUCUAACUCUCUCUGGAAUCUGUAGAGAAAACGGCACGCACAUAAAUCCAGUCCUAGCGAAGUCCUAUGCAAAAGUGCGUUUUAAUAAAGGACAUGAAAAUACAGAGUUCUGUGCCAAAAAUGACCAAGGAUGAUCUUCAUCAAAAAAUAAAGACAGUUCAUUGUGAUAUUCUAUUUCAAGAGUCAAGAGUGCUAAUUGUCAUAUGUCUCAGUACAAUAAAAUUCUUACUUGCUACAGCACCACAUAACUGUCUGUUCUCUAGUUGUCCAGGAAUCAUGUACAUAUAUUUUCUUUUCGUAUAUAUUUACUGGAAGGAAGUGAAAAAAAACCAAUUGGAGUAGUUUUUGUUUAUAAUUUCAACAGUCAUUUUUCAGCAUGGAGUGAUAUUGUUAUUGGAUUACCCCAGGAUUUUUUUUUCUUGGCCCUCAGUUGUUUGCCUUUUACAUCAACGGCCUGAAGAAGGGAGAAAAAUUUUAGGUUUCCAAAUUUUCCAAUAAUACAAAACCAGGUGGAAAGACAUGUUGUAAGGACAUUCUCAUUCUGCAAUGGGAUAUAGAUAGAUGGAAUAAUUAGGCAAAAACAAUAAAACGUGGGGAGGGGUGAGAUCAUGAAAUUCAGUAACAAUAAUCAAAAGGCAGACUUAUGUAAAUGGAGAGAGACUGUAAAUGAGUGAUGGUGAUCUAGAUAUUCUAGUGCAUGCAUCAUUAUGCACCACUUUUAAAUCAUUAAAAGUUAGCACCUAGGUUCAACAUAUAGUUAAGAAGGUAAACAGCAUUUUAGGGUUCAUUGCAAAAAGGUUGGUGUUUACGAAUAGAAAGGCUUUGCUCAGUUGUACAUGGUGUUGAUGAGGCUAUACUUGGAAUAUUGUACAUAAUUUGAGUCCCUUAACUGAAAGAAUAUAUCCUGUCAUUGUGGGCAGUCCAAAAGAGAUUCACCAGGAAAAUUCCUGAGAUGAGAUGGUUAUCUUAUCAAAAGACACUAGAGAAUUUGGAUUGCAUGUUACUUUCAAGUAUGGAUGAAUGAGGGGUGACUUUAUUCAUGAUCAUAUUGAAUGGUGGGGUAGGCCUGAGGAACCUGAUGGUCUACUCCUGCUCCUAUUUUCUUGUGUUCCGGCAACCUGAAUGCCACGAUAUGGAUAAAAAUGGCUUCAAUUGGUCAUCUCUCUCGCAACCCUAACAAAUGAUGCAAUAUAUCUGUUAACAUAUGAGAAAGGAAACUCAGAUUGAAGUUCUGCCUUUCAUCUAUGGUCAUCCGAAAAUAGAUGGGGGUUUUUUUUUAGCUGUAACAUUAAAUAUACGUGAUAAUCCAGAAGAUAAUCAAAUUCUGCAUCUUAUGAUGGCAGAGCUUAAUCAAAAUGCAAAGGCAAUCCAAAUAAUGUAAAGCAAUCCAAAUAUAGCAAUGUAAUAUAAAUGGAGAUAAAAUGGCAGAGUGUUCGAAGUGUGAAAUGGAAAAACUGGUCCUCAUAUGCACAUCUUUGCUACUCUACUCCAGCGGGUCAACUCUUUGGAUAUACAUAUACCCCAGGAAUUGAUUGACAGAAAAUAUAUGCCUUUGACACAGUCCGAUGUGAUAAAUGGCAUAAUAAGCAGUCUUGCUCUCUGAAAUAAUGGUGUAAAAUAAGCUUAAAAUGUCUGAUGUUUGGUUUAAUGGUCAACAUAGGCAUAUUGCCUUUACAUUUUGCCAAUACAUCUGAAAAUGUUUUCAUGGUCUUGUUAAUUCUUAAGUGGUCCGCUGCUGUGAGCCAGUACCUGUUCUAAAAAUAAUCGUUGCUGUUUGUUGUGCUGUUCUCCUUGCAAUUGCAAAACUCAUUAAAACUUGCAGGUUCCUGUUCAAUUAAAUGGUUACUGCACUAUAACCCCGAUUGUAAUGGCUUCUCCACAACUUUCCUGUAAAGGAGGGUGAUUGUAAUGUAUUGUAGGUUGCUCCCAACAAGUCUGCAAUUGAACACUCUUAUCAUUUUCAUGUAUUUACCUGCAGAGCAUCAAAUAAACUUUAUAAUAUCUAUAUUA